GUGUUACUCAUCCUAGCUGGCUUUUCUCGUUAUGGCUUCACAUUGCUAAGAGAUCACUGAGUGACGGACGCGUUUGGUCGUCUUCUGAGGGUGUAAUUGGAUAGUAGCAGGCAUGAAUUUUACUCAGGCCAGUUUUCCAGUAAUGCAACGAAUUGACUCCAGUGGAUACCGUACCCAUGAGUCAUGAUCGAUUGUGAUGCCGGAUUUCAAGGGAAGGAAUUCGGCUCAAUAAUUUUGGGCUACCGUGUCGGUUAUAAGGUGGUAGUUACGUGCGGCGAGCGGUUACACAAUUCAAUCUUCCGAUGCCCGGUAUUGUCAUGGUAUUGUUCGGGUCCAGAAUGCUUCGACACAACUCCAAUACUGCCUUCCUGUUGUUGGUCGCCGCACCUCAUAUUUUCGAUCGAAGUGCCGGAGGAUAUGAUGGUGGCCGCAUCACCUGACUAUGGACUUUGUUCACGAGCCUACUGGUCAGGGGAAGGGGUUUUUUCUUGGGUAACGCUCCUUGGAAGUGUGGGAAAGGGCGUCUUAUCUCCUUGGCCAUGGAGAUGCGUCGCACUGCUACUGGUCAUAAGGCCGUCCAGGAUACCGGCCGAAUUAUAAUCGUGCCUCCUUUUUCACGCAUCCUCACACUACCCUUUGAUGCUCGGAUCGGUGUUCAUAACAUGGGUGCUGGGAUUUGCUGGCACAGUCAUUUAUGUCGUAGCAGUGAGCUUCUGGCUGCUUCAUCCCAAGCUGGUUCCCGCGAGAUUCAGAC